UACAUUGUCGGUAUUUCCGCCCUCAGUCUAAGCUAGCAGCUAGCGAGCUAACAGCUGGCAGGUGGAUGUUUUCCCGCGCUGGUUUCUGUUUAACUGAGACUUUUAUGAGAUUAUUGAAAUAUUUCCCGCCGUUUGAAGCUGUGACGUUGAACCGAUUGACUGUCCCGGUGUUCAGCCGCCGGUUGACGGUCCUCUCCCGGUCCGGACCGUCCGGGGUUCUCCGGUCUGGAAGUUCCUCCACAAACAGACAGAUGCCCAAAAAAGAGAAAGCUACUGAUUCUGUCCCACAGGUUAAAGGUCGGCAGCCCGUCAGUGGAGCAGCAGAGGCGGAAGCUUCCUGUCCGGUGGCUCGAGACAAAAGCGGCGCCGUUACCAUAACGGUGCGCGCGAAACCCGGAUCCAAGCACAGCGGCAUCACAGACGUCUCUGCUGAGGCGGUGGGAGUUUCCAUCGCGGCGCCUCCAACAGACGGAGAAGCAAACGCUGAGCUGGUUCGAUACCUGGCUGAAGUCCUGGAGCUGAAGAAAAGUCACGUAUCUCUGGACAAGGGCUCCAGAUCCAGAGACAAGCUGAUCAGAGUGGACUCCUCUCUCAGUCCGGAGGAGGUGCUGAGGAGGCUCAGGGAGGCUGCGGGCUGACAGGAGGGACGGAGGACGGAGGAGGGGGACCGAGGCUGAAACAGGCUGCAGCCCACAGGAGGACAGAGGAUGGAAGAGCUGGACCAGUACGGCUACUGGGAGGUCUGAAAAACCACGACAUCACCAUGGAAACGGGCUGAUUUCCAUCCCCAGACCUGCUGGAGGAGGACGGGGUGAUGAAGAUGGAGUGACUCGUUGUUUGGUGUCUUUAAAUAAACAGAUUGUGAGAAUAAAA